AUGAUCGGCUUUACGGCAAACAGGUUUAUGGAAAAUAGUACUCUGCAGAUAAAUAUACUUAACCCUAAUACGAACACCACGAACGUGUCUUUACUCUCUGAUCUACACUAUCCAUUUUUUGAAUAUGAUUAUCAAAUUGAUCCAGAAUACUUCAAAACAAUUACUAUACCUUCGAUGCUUGCGGUCAAUGAAUCUGUGAAAUGUGCCAAAGGAAUCCUGAUAAACUCCGACCACCCCAUAAUUGUCUAUGGGAGCAACAGGCAGUCGGGCUACAUGGACGACUCGAUGGAUGACUUCCUAGGUAUUCCACAGAGAGCCCUCGGAAAACAGUACUUUGUUGUCACUGGCUUAAAGAGGCCACAGAUACUGGUUGUCGGCCUUGCCAGGAACACAUUUGUGAACAUAACUUUGAAAACAAACGGCAUCGUGUCAUAUCAGGGCAAUACUUAUCAAUCAGGACAAAAGAUAGAGGAAAUGUUGAAUGAGUAUGAGACAAUCAAUAUAGAAAGUACAGAAAUCGACGUGGAUUUGACAGGAACAAAGGUACGGUCAACCCAACCAGUAAGUGUAUACAGUGGCAGCAAGUAUUCGGGAUCAAGUUAUCUAACCGAACAGAUUCCGUCUACAAUUUCUUUGGGUAUACAUCACGUGACAGUGGCUAACGACGGGAUACUGUACUACAACAGCACAAUUGUUGCAGCAUGCAAAGACAUAUCGGUUAAUAUCACAUGUUCAGAUGGUUCAGGAAAAUUUGUUGUAUUACCGCGAUCUGGAUCCUUUCUUCGAAUGAGCCCUUCAAAAGCAACGUGCAUAAUAUCGACUACCAAACCUGUCUUGGUAGCUAUGGAAAUGCACAGUAUAGCUCAGGACACGUCCAUGACCAUCGUACAGCCAAUGACGAGAUUUCUUGGGGAUCUCAUGUUCUUGGUACCCUUUAUUACAAAUCACGUUCACCUGGUCGUAGUAAGCUAUUGUUACACCUCCCUCAGUCUAGAUAAUGUGACCCUGAGGACGGUGAAUAUUGAUGGGGACCCAAAUAUCUGUAUAGGGCGUACAAGCAUCAGUGGUGGCGUUCACGUCAUAAGUAGCUCAGAAGAUAUUUUUUUUAUCUCGGGGUAUUUAUGUGGAGCUACAGACUACAACAGUAUUGCUUUCCCAUUGGUUCCUUAUCUUGAAAACAGACAACAUGAGCAACAUAGAAAACAAUGCCAAGAAACGACAGAAUGGACGUCCAGUGUUACCAGAAAUAGGAUGACCACAAGCACGCAUUCCGUCAAGAUUGGGUCAACUGUGCAAGAGACUACCGAACAAACUUCAACUUCACUACCUGUUGUUUCUGGAAUCAUCACGACCGACAUACCACGCCACAAUCAUUCAGGAAGCUCAUGUAGGUGUGUAUGUUCAAGUGGACAUAAAAAUGUUAACAGUUCUUUAACGAAAUUGAGAAAGAAACUUUCUAUUCCUCACAACAUGACAAAUAGGCACUUCCGGUCUCUGACAUCAGCCGGAGAUGACAGGUCAUCCUCCAAGAUGCUUGGUAUUGCUGGAUCACUGGUCAUCGGGGUAGUAGUCUUUACUAUUGUAAUACUGGAUAGCGACCAACUUGUUUGGAUUGUCAGAAAAAUAAAACGCAUUUCUUGUAAAAUCCAUACUGGAUAA